AUGGAUGUAAUGAAUGCAAAGAAGACAGUGUUUAUAAUCGGUGCCACAAACAGGCCAGAGAUAAUUGAUUCUGCAUUGCUGAGACCAGGCCGUCUUGAUAAUUGGGGUUUUGCCAGAAGAUGGGAAAUAUUAGUGUUUGUUAGCAUUAGAGAAGAUUUCGGCCGAUCAACUUUUUCAGAUUUCUUCUCUUCGAGUCUCCAGGUUUUUGUGAAAGAUGGUGAUGCCUCUGGUAUUCAAACUCAUGUCCAUGACUUUAUAAUGAGUAUAUCAGACGAAAUAUCUUUUUGGAAUGAUGUAUGGAGGGGUAAUGCUUCUCUUGAUUCUACGUUCCCUUCUCUGCACAAGUUAGCCACUAACAAAAAUUCAAAGCUUGCUGACAUGGUUACUACAGAAGGGAAUUGGAAUUUCAUUUUCAAACGUAAUCUCGCUGGUGUGGAAGUCAAUAUUUUUGCUGCCAUGCUGCUUGUAAUUGGAAGCGAUCCACCGGCCCUAGACAGCCUUCCUGAAACAAGGCGUUGGUCUCCUCAUAGCUCAGGGGUUUUCACUGUCAAAACUCUCUAUUCUAAACUCAUUGCUGAAUCGGGUAUGGACAAUUUUCCACAUUAUUUCAUUUGGAAGAGGCCUGUACCAUCUAAGAUCUAUUUUCUUCUUUGGUGCUUAAUGCAUGACAAGCUAAACACAAUAGAUAUGCUGCAGAUAAAAGGGGUAGACAUAUAUAACUCUUGUGUUCUUUGUGGCGAUGAUGUCGAAUCCCAGGACCACAUUUUCCUUCACUGUGAAAUCGCUCACAGUGUUUGGUCGUUGGUUCUUCCUUCUAACUGUUGGUCUUGGGUGAUUCCAAGAAAUCUUAAAAUGCUUGCUUAUGGAUGGCAUCAUGUACACUUCUCUAUUGCUGGAAAAUUUUUAUGGGAUCUAAUACCAGCUGCAGUAGUGCAUACUAUUUGGACGGAGCGAAACAAGCGCAUCUUUGAGCGGAAUUAUACUUUCAAAACGGAUGAUGACCUGGGAAUAGAAGUAAAGUCUUUGAUUUUAUCAUGGGCAAGUGCAACCGGCAAAAGAGCUCAUUUAAAUUUUGCUAGUACAGUUCAAAACAAAUGGGAUGCUUUAUUUGUGUAA